UGCUUCACGUCGCACUUUACGCAGUGCGUUUUCUACGUCAUCGGAAAUGUGCAGAGUCCCGUUGUGGAGAACGACUUUCAACGUCCUCAGACCACACCCCCUCGUACCCCAGUCGACCCUGAGCAUUGGGGCCUCACCCUGUCAACGCGUCCUGCUGCAACAAACGGCAAUCCCUAGUCGUUCCCGUCGAUCAGACUCACCGCCAACGUGACGUACGACCGCAUAGACGUUCACGCAGCAACAUUAGCCGUCCGAAUCACCGAGAACGGACGAAAAAGCGGAGAUUUGGAGGCGUUUUUUAUCAGAGCGCACUUGAUGGUCAGUCAUGCCGCUCUUGAACAAGAAACCGUUCGUCAUACGACCUCCUCCCGAUGACCUCGACCCGGACGAGGAAAUAUUCGUGUGUCAGUGGACAAACGAAGCCUUCAGAGACUACGAGCAUUAUGUCGACAGAACAAUCCAGUGCAGCAGUCUCAUUUGGAGCUGCGAGUUAACGGGCAGAAGCGGUUUGACAUAUCGCGAGGCGGUCGAUAGUGAGGCGGAGGCGAAGCGUCAGAUCGAGUCAUUUCCUGAUGCUCUCAGACGCGCUGUGCUCUUCCUAGCGUCUCAGGUACGUCGCAACGGUAUCGGUCUACUGGUUGAGGACGUGUUUGCGUUUUAUCGUGAGCGGUAUGUGGAGGGAGAAGAUCUAGAGUUGCGUUUUCAAGAUCAGAAAUAUGAUGCUCGUGUCGUGUCUGUUUGUCUGUCUGAUCAUAUUUAUGAGGCUGCAGUUCCUGACUGGCACGCUGGCAUGGCGUAUGGGUAUAAGUAUGUUGCUGCUGUUGUUGGACCGCACCCGGACGCUUUUCUGUAUCGAGUGGAGUAUGUGUCUUCUGGUGUGCCUGUCAAUUCUCCGACUUGUGUGUCUAGAAGAUCUCUGAGUCGUAGGAAGUUUUCUAAAGAGAUGAUCAAACUGAUUUUGCGAUUCAGCAUGCAUCGUGCUGGGAGUAGUGAGAAAACUCCUUGGGUGGUAAAGCCUCACAUUGUUGAGAGAUAUUCUCUUGACAGACCUCCAUCUCAUUUCUAUUAUUUGGCAUACAAUCCAGCUGCUGUUGAUCCACAGAAUGGAGUUGUUGUUUCAGAGUUUUUGCCCACUUUGGCAACAGAGGAGACUGGAUUGGCUGAUGGGAAGAAUAAUUAUUCGUGCCCUGUUGUUACCAAGUCAGGCCUCACAGCUGAAGAAAGUCAAAUAGUGGCUUCAUCACCUCUUGACUGCCGGCAGACUCGUUCUAGUAUAUUCCCUCCUCUCAGUAUGUCCUCUCCUCUUUCAGUCAAUCAAGUUCAUCUCAAAAGAACAAUGGAAGUUCUUGAACAACUCAGUCACUCCAGCCUCUCACCUAGUGAACGUAAGGUUCUGUGGGAAGAAGAAGUGGCAAGACGACAAGAAGAAAAACAGGUGGAAAGAGCGUUGAAGAAACAAGAGCUGGAGUCAUUGAAGUUAAAAAGGGAAAUUGAUAAACACAAGAAGAAGGAGGAAAAACGGUUGGUGCUAGAGAACCUUCGUAUGAGCAGAGAAGAGGAGAAGUCAAAGAAGAAAGAGGAGAAACUGAAAGUGAUUGAAUUAGAGAAGCUGAAAAAGAAGGAAGAUCGAGAGAGAGAAAGGGAGAGAGUUCGCAAAGAAAGAGAGAUAGCAAGGGAAGCCUACUUGGAAUGGGCACGACCAAGAGAUGAUUUGGAGUGUGAGGACCAUAAGCCAUUGCCAAGGCCAACACCUGUUCACUCAGUACUAAAGUCGGAUGAAUUGCAUGAAGCACUUAUGCUUCUGGAAUUUAUGCAGACUUUUCAACAGUUUCUCAGUUUAGAAGAGCCAUAUGAAGAUGGAUACACCUUAGAAUUGAUUGAAGAAGCUCUUGUCAGCUGCAGUUCUAAAACUCCAUUGUGUGCUAUUAUAAGUUCACUGUUGAAGGGCAUUUUUCACUUACAAGAUGCUGAGGAAGAGUGCAAACCAGCUGUUCUGAGCAACAACGUAUCUCAAGAUCAACCUGGUACGUCUAGAGCAGAUGAUACUGAUGCAGAGGGAAGUCAGCCGGUAGAAAUGUCAUCUAAUGAUAACCAAAAUAGUCAAACAAGUGCUGAAAUGCUUCCAAAGCCUGCAGACACUCUGAUGCAUGAGAUGGUAACAGAAAAGCGAAUGUCUGAUUGUGACCGCGUCAGUGGCGGUGAUACUUCAGUCUGUGAUGGAGAGAGAGUAGAGAGCAUGGAGAUUGACAAUGUAUGUACGACUCAAAAAGGCCAAAGUGCAGAAUUUGAAUGCAAUGUUGGACUCACUGAAUGUCAACAGGGUGAAGACCUCACUUCUACCGGAGAAGAUGAGGUAGCUGCUACUUCAGCAGCAUUUGACUCUAUUGAGUCAGCUCGUGCUGCUUUUCUUUGGCCUCUUCACCACCAGGGUGCGUUGCUUAGUGAGAUCCCUUUAGAACCGUUGACUGUCAGUGAAGUGUUGCGUCUUCACCUGAGGUGCGCUGGAGGUCGUGCCUUCUCACAAGUCGCCAAUUUUCGUUACACAAGACGCGGUGGAUUUACAGACAGUGACGAUCCGGUGUCUGAACUGAAGAGUUCUGAUCCGGGGCUGGUUAAAAAGUUAGAAACAGAACUGAUUUACUGCUUGACGGUUGAAGAAAAGCUCAAGCUUUUAUCAACGUUAUCCAACCAAAUAUUAACGUUUGCUGCCGUUCGAGAUUUUAUGGAGGAAAGCAUGACGCAGUACCGACAGUCGAAGCGUAAACUAAAAGAGCUGCAACAAGAAAUAGAAAAAAGACGCCGUGAAGAGCACGUAUUGCGGAAGCAGCAACGCAGAGAGGAGAAAGUAAAGAAAGUAAACGGAGAAGUGAAGAACGACGAAAGAAUGAUUGACUUGGUUUGUACGGACAAAAUGGAAAGGGCAGAAGGAGAGAACAGGAAGAAAUUUGGAACUGAAGAAGAGUCACGGAGUGGCUGUACGUCGAGCAGUGAAAAUGAAGAUGAUGAAGUAUCAAAGAAUAGAGAAGAGGAAGAUUCUAAAGACUGGCGUAGUGAAUUGAAUAAGAGAGAAGCAGAGCUAUUGGAACAAAUGGUGCUCGAAGGAGCGCCAUACAAUCUUUGUCCUUUGGGUGUUGAUCGAAUAUACCAGACCUAUUGGCUCUUUCCUUCACUUCCUGCCGUGUUUGUUCAACAAGCGGACAACAUGUCUCUCCGGCUUGUCCAGUCUCAAUUGAGUUUGCGUCCUCGCGUCCCUCUUCCUUUGUAUGAUAGCUCAGCUCUACCAUCUACCGGUUCAUUGUGUGGCUGGUCAUUGUACACUAAAGUACAGGAGAUAGAAUCUCUUGAGUUGGCACUUAAUCAACGCGGCUUUCGUGAGAAAGCUCUUCGCGAGCAAUUAAGGCGUCAGAGACUGUGGAUUGCUCGUUCUGUAGCUGAUAGUGACCACACGAUUGAGCACUUGUCUGGGAAGGAAAUAGAAACGGAUGAGGACUCACUACCAAUUAAUGGGCAAAAUGAGGUUCUAGAGUGUUUGCGAACAGAGAUUCUUGACAUGGAAGAUAAGAUAUAUAAUGGCAGCUUGGGUUGCGUGCAAUGUGGUAGUCGGGACAGCUGGAGAAGCCACGUUGCUCACAUUGAAUUUGUUUCAUGUGACGCCUCUUCUGUUGAUGAUUGGGACCGUUUGGGUGCCAUUCGGUCACUCUCAAAGGCUGUACUCGAUCUAGCUGCCGCAGUUGAUGGUAGGUUUCUUAGUAAACCUCUGACUGCGGAGGGCAGGAAGACGUCUCUGGCACUGAAAGAUGUCAGGAACAGUCGAUGGCUUUUAAAGAAUCUAAAACUGCAGCUUGAGUCGGGAUGUUUGGAACAGUGGCGGGCGUCUUUGGCGUCUUGCGUUAGUUUGUCUCAAGUUGCUGUUCAUUUGAAGACAUUAAACCGGUCAAUAUUAUGGAGUAAGUCUGUACUCAACGCCAGCUGUCGAUUGUGUAGACGGAAGGGUGACGCUUCUCUAAUGCUUCUGUGUGAUGGCUGUGACCGCGGGCACCACACGUACUGUUUGCACCCUCCAAUGGAACAAGUUCCAGAUGGUGACUGGUUUUGUGCAGAUUGCAAGAGUGGUGGACGGAAACGGAAACGUGGACGGAAAUCGAAUGCGUCUAGCAAGGCAAGGAAAGGGAAGAAAGAUGGGAAGAAGAAACGUGUAGAGGACAAAACUGGUGACAAGAAAACUCCUCAUCUGUUGGACGAUGAGUAUGUGUAUGACAUGUCUGUAAACAGCAGACGGAAAUCGUCUGAAGCUAGAGGGUCUGAUAAGGCCGGUCAACUAAAGAUGUGCGAGGAUCUCUGGAAGGAAGUGAAAGAUCACUGUGACAGUUGGCCGUUUUUGGAGCCAGUGAACAGGAAAGCAUACCCAGAUUAUUAUGAACUUAUUGAGAAUCCUGUCGAUCUUCAGAGCGUUCGACAUAAGCUCAAUGUAAUGGAUUAUGGAUCAACCGACGAGUUUGCUUCGGAUAUGCGCCUUAUGUUUCGUAACUGUGCUGUCUAUAACACAGCGCGAUCUGGUGUAGGCCGCGCGGGAGUGAAGCUGAGUCGUUUCUUUGAGAAACGUUUAGCUCAGAUGGGGCUGUGUAAACCAGUGAAACGAGGCAGUGCUGUGCAUUGAUUAGUAUUUAGAAUGAAAUCGUCUGUAUGUAUAUAUACGUUGGACUCUGUAUAAAGCAAAUAGCCAUCUACUAUUCUCUGUAUUUCACUACUAAAAAGAUUAGAACAUUGCUAUUAAUUAAAUUACAGCUGUAAAUGAAAAUGCUUGUUCUUGGCUCUUUUAGUGGUUCACAGCUUUUCGAAGGCACGCAGAUAGUUUGAAUUUUAUGUAGCUACAAUACAAAUCAAAAUCUGAUU